AUGGACAACCCGAUACUAAAGAUUAUACCAAUUAUAUCACUUGUGGCAUUUGUUGCCUUACACUGUGGCACCAAGUGGUCGAGGUACCCUAUUGGUAUUGUGAUUGGUCUAAUUUUGUCCGCCAUUGGUGACAGCUGUCUGGUAUACAUACGAGAUCCGAGUUAUUUUGUAAAAGGAAUUAUAGCGUUCUUGUGUGCGCAGCUCGUCUACACUGUGACAUUCGGUUUCCGUAGAUUCAAGCCAUACAUUCUAAUAUGUUGCAUAAUCGUUGGUUCUUCUAUUUAUUUUUACAUCUUCCCUCAACUGAAAACUGAGACCGUCUACCUGAUCGCCAUCUACGACGUUCUUCUUUUCUUGAUGACAUGGAGGGCGCUGUCGCGCGUACAUCUUGAAAAACCUGGCAGCAUUCUGUGCGGUCUUGGUGCAAUUUCGUUUAUAAUUUCGGAUCUCACCUUGGGGCUCGUCAUAACGGAACAUAUCCCACCCAAUGAGUUUAUUAUCAUGGCAACGUACUACGCAGCACAGUUUGGAAUCGCCAUGUCCGUCAUAGACUUGUAUACAGAUGAGGAAUCUGAAUGGGUCGACCUGGAAAACCCUUCCUUUAAAAUGAAGCGUCCAUGA